UACCGAAUUCGUCGCAGUAUAGUAGAGGAAACGUGUGUGAGUGGGUCGUCAACGAAAGAGUGAAGUAUUUAACGGCUACAUUGAACGCUUUGUUGAUAUUUCAACUUAUGAUUUUAUAUUAAGAUAUUAUUAUCUUCCAAAGACAAAACUCUGGAAACUAUAGUUCUUUGUGAUCUUGCUUUAUUCCCGGGGUAGUUUCAUUUAUAAAUCAAAACAGGAGACACGUGACAAAACGAAGACUAGUCCAUAAAGAUAAAAGGAUAAGCACAGUUGGUGAAGUCAGUAAAUCGGGAAAAUUUACCAAUACAUCGAAAGGUAGAAUGGAAAAUUAGUAGCGAAAAACAAAAACGACGAACGUUUACACCUUUCACUGCAGUGAGUGUUAUUUUAAUAGUUUCAGUUAUCAGCUUUUCCUCAUGAAUGUGAACGUACGACCACCGCGUCUUAAUCUUUACGAUGCACGUCGGAAACAAGCACGCACCUUUGAAAAAACAUCAGAAAUCAGGAGCGUAGGAAGUCUUAGCCCAAACCUUCAACCUCCUACCCCUCCAGUUUUCCCUGCUACUAACGAGCCAUUUGCAACUAGUCGGGUGGGUUCCUAUUUAUUAUUGGGACAACAAGAAGGUUCGACACUGUAUCGGUGUAUUAAUGUACAAACCCAUGAAGAAUUGGUUUGUAAGAUAGUAUCUAGAAACGUGUAUGAAAAAACUUUAGCGGGGUACUUCAGGUUGGAUGGCCAUCCACACAUCAAUAAAGUGGAAGAGGUUUUGGUGGGUCUUAAUCGAACCUACAUAUUUUUCCCUCGUUCCUACGAAGACUUGCACUCUUACGUACGCUCUAAACGUCGGCUGAAAGAACAAGAAGCUAUGCUGCUAUUUCGUCAAGUAGUUCAAGCUGUUCAGGCAUGUCACGAUUCCGGCGUGGUUUUACGUGAUCUUAAGCUUCGAAAAUUUGUAUUUAAAGAUCUCGAAAGAACUCAGCUGAAGUUGGAGACGUUAGAUGACGCUGUAGUCUUGGAUGAUGAAGCCAAUGAUCAGCUCAGUGAUAGGCACGGAUGUCCAGCCUAUGUCAGUCCGGAGAUCCUUAUACCAACUGAAAGUUAUUCUGGAAAAGCUGCGGACUACUGGAGUUUAGGGGUAAUACUGUAUACUCUUCUAGUGGGGCGGUACCCAUUCCACGAUAGCAGCCAUACAUCCCUCAUUGGGAAGAUUCGCAGAGGGAAGUUUGUGAUUCCAGGUAGUCUUUCAUGUCAUGCAAAAUGUCUCAUUCGUAAUUUGUUAAGAAAGGACCCAACAGAAAGACUUACAGUUGAUGAGGUUCUUGAACACCCCUGGUUUCGUUCAUCCUUCCACGAUGGAAGGGAUUCUUCUGAUCAUCAGGACGAAGCUAAAGUUCCAGAACUCGUACUUGAUACAGCAAUAACAUCAGAAAAUCCUUUCUAGUUUCAAGCUAUAUAAAUAGAUAACCCAGUUUUGUGGAAAGUUUAUAUGUAUAUUUGUAUGUUCCAUCUCAGGCUGAAGAACUGUGUGUGUGUGUGUGUGUGUGUGUGAUAAAAUACAACAGAACUUCUCACAAGAACUGUGCAUUGCCAUUCAACAACUUGGACCAAAAUUGUUUUGACUUUUAAUUAUAUGCAGAUUUAAAUUGCUCUGUUAAUAAUUUUAAAACUUCAUUUUUGUCAGCUUACAAGCAUUCCUAAAAAUGUGAUUACACCUUUCCCAUUCAACAGAGUAUUUUCUUGGCUGUUAAGUGACAAAAGUAUCUGCAAAUACAACCAAAGAAUUGGAUCCAAAAUAUGACCACGAUUUAUUUAAGUAAUAUAAUUAAUGUAAAUAAAUAUAAAUUAUAGAAGAAUAAAAAUACAUUUAAAACAUCA